GCUCUUCACCUGGCUGCAGAGACCACGCCGCCUUCCUGGGGCCCAGAGUCUGCAGGAGAAGCCAGGCAGCACAGGUGGGGGUCCAUCCAGCUGUUUCCAAAUCCCUUAGUGUGUUGGGAAAUCAAUCUAGUAGCUCAUGACCUGCAUUUUAAAAAAUGAAAUAGAAUAGAAAAUAUCAGAGCGCAUGGCAAGUAAUAGGGGCUCACCCACCACCAGUCAUGCCCAGGCCUUGAGGUAGCUUGAACCCUUCUGUAAACCAGAUGGCAGUGGAGAGUCUGGCCCAGGCCCCGAGCCCGUGACAGGGGGAGGCCCUUUCAGACCCAAAGAUGGGGAACAUCACCACGGACAAUUCCUCGCUGAGCUGUGCCAUAGACCACACCAUCCACCAGACGCUGGCCCCGGUGGUCUACGUCACAGUGCUGCUGGUGGGCUUCCCAGCCAACUGCCUGUCCCUCUACUUCGGCUACCUGCAGAUCAAGGCCCGCAACGAGCUGGGCGUGUACCUGUGCAACCUGACGCUGGCGGACCUCUUCUACAUCUGCUCGCUCCCCUUCUGGCUGCAGUACGUGCUGCAGCACGACGACUGGUCCCACGGCGACCUGUCCUGCCAGGUGUGCGGCAUCCUCCUGUACGAGAACAUCUACAUCAGCGUGGGCUUCCUCUGCUGCAUCUCCAUCGACCGCUACCUGGCCGUGGCCCAUCCCUUCCGCUUCCACCAGUUCCGGACCCUGAAGGCGGCCGUGGCCGUCAGCGUGGUCAUCUGGACCAAGGAGCUGCUGACCAGCAUCUACUUCCUCGUGCACGAGGAGGUCAUCGAGGACGAGAACCAGCACCGCGUCUGCUUCGAGCACUACCCCAUCGAGGCCUGGCAGCGCGGCAUCAACUACUACCGCUUCCUGGUGGGCUUCCUCUUCCCCAUCUGCCUGCUGCUCGUGUCCUACCAGGGCAUCCUGCGGGCCGUGCGCCGCAGCCACGGCACCCAGAAGAGCCGCAAGGACCAGAUCCAGCGGCUGGUGCUGAGCACCGUGGUCAUCUUCCUGGCCUGCUUCCUGCCCUACCACGUGCUGCUGCUGGUGCGCAGCCUCUGGGAGGCCAGCUGCGAGUUCGCGCAGGGCGUCUUCAACGCCUACCACUUCUCCCUCCUCCUCACCAGCUUCAACUGCGUCGCCGACCCCGUGCUCUACUGCUUCGUCAGCGAGACCCCCCACAGGGACCUGGCCCGCCUCCGCGGGGCCUGCCUGGCCUUCCUCACCUGCUCCAGGACCGGCCGGGCCCGGGAGGCCUACCCGCUGGCCGCGCCCGAGGCCUCGGGCAAGAGCGGGGCCCAGGCCGAGGAGCCCGAGCUGCUGACCAAGCUCCACUCGGCCUUCCAGAGCCCCAACUCGCCUGGCGUGUGA